GACCCUCUACCUGUCCAGAAGGCUACCUGUCCUACCUGAAGCGCCAGGCAAUUCUUUUCACAGAAAAAAAACUGUAUCCGGAGAACUGUACUGCAAGAUAAAGAUGGCCAAAUCAACCCUCGCUUUCCUGUGCAUCGCAGUCGUCAUCGCGGAAACUGUCCUCCAAGUUGCGGGCAGUCCGCUGGUGAUCGCGGAUGAAGCAGAAGCUCCCGCGCUGUCCGCCGACGAGUUGUCUGAACUACAAUCGGUUUUGGAUAAAGAACCUCAAUUGCAGGCGCUCGAAGAUGGUAUCGGACACGUAUUGCGUGUCCGUCGAGCGGACGACGGACACGUAUUGGGAGUGCAAGAGACGAUUCCAUUCCCAGCAAAAGGGAUGUGCAUCAUUCUUUUCGGCAAACAAUUUUGCACAUCGGGUUGAGCUGGUGGCGAGAAACGUAGCCAGCUGCCUCCCCCACGAGCGGCGAUUUGGAUUUUCAGGAAAAAAACUGACUGGCAAAAAUUUCAAAUAUAACUGCAUAA